GAAAUAUUCACAUGGUGCCGUAAAAAGUAAAAAGGCGGACAUUGGACUUAAUUACUGAUAGAAAUGAGGUACCUGGUGAUGCGGGCCUUUCUGGAGUAACGACAACGAUAUCCUGUCUGUCCUGCUUUCAACAAAGAAAAUGUCGAGGUCGAAAAUCCUGAACAGUGACAAGGAGGUUAACGCCUUUCGGUUCAAUUUGAAGGAACAACGAUGCCUUCAAAAAAACUUAAGCAUCCUUGAUGCAGAAGCAAUAUACUCCCUCAAACUCAUAGACCUUGAUAACAGAGGAAUUCGAGUGUUUUACAAGCGCUUCAAGGACAAGGUAUCCCGCAUCAAAUCCCACUUGAAUGCUGAGGACCUUGCUGCCAUGCAAGAUUUAGAGGCAAGAGGGAAAAUGCCAAACAUUAAUAAAAACAUGAAUAGUAGUGGAGCUUUAAGGAUAGCAGACGCCGAAAAGAGGCUAAAAAUUCAAAGUACAGACAAUACGAGAAAGGCGAGAAGCGCAAAUCCACUGAUGAGGCAGAAUACAUUGAACAGUGUGGAGUCAUUAAUACCGUAUGACAGAGGACAUCAGAGGCCGAACACCACCGGUGGAACGAAUGAUAAAAAGUUGUACCUACGACAGGAUUCUAAGCGCAAUUCUGUCGGUGUAGUUAUGGAGACCACAGAGUUACCUAAAGGGAUACCGCGAAACAAACCCUCUUAUGGAAAACAACUAUCAAAAUCGGGUCAGUUCUCUCAACGCUCCUCGGAUCUGGAUACUGCCAAUGUCAAAAAUCCAAAAAGUCCACGAAGUCCGCAUAGUCCACGAAGUCCCAUGGUGGCCAGAUCCGAUAGCAAGCCAGCAUCUAUCCUUGUCAACUCCGUCAAAAGUAUAAUGACGAAAAUUCGAGAAUCAAAAAAUACUAUUUCAUCGGAAGAUGUCAACGACCAGAAACAAAAUAAUCAUAAAAAGAUGCAUGUUCGGAUAGACACGGAAUCGGUGUCGGUCUGUCCUGAUCCUUCAGCACAGGGAACUGAUAAUGGACCGCCCGUUAAUGAGCCAGACCCAAACACCCUUGCUGUUCCUAGAUCAUGUGACAAGAAACCUCAUUUGAUAGGGAAACCCUUGCAUAACAAUCUUAUGGAACAUCAGGAUGAUGCUAUAGUGCUUUUAGAUAAGGAGGGCAAACAUAAGAAAACGGAUAAAGUGGAGGAAGGAUAUGACAUAGGGCCGGAUAGACUUAGUCUCAGCCGCGUGUCUAAUGUCACGCGAUACAGCAAUGCUUCUGCUGGGCAAUUCUCCUGUCACACAUUACAGGAUCGCGACGGCGCUGCUCCAUCGAGACUGGAUAUGUUCUCCGGAGGAGACGACAGGAUCGGGGAAUACCUAGGAGACGACCCGUAUGAGGAAAGACGACAGAAAAUGAUAUCUGGGGAACAGGAACGGGUACAUGACCUGCUGGAUCAAAAGGAAAUAUUUAUGGAACGACUAGACAUGUAUAUCAGAGAGAUGGAGAAGAAGAACCGACAGAUGUCGGUCAUUGUUCCCAGCAUGGAUAUUCCAGACAGUGUUCUACGUCAAGCACGACGGGAAGCUGGGGAACGUGCCAAGGCAUCAAGGCUCAAUAAAAUGAGGCAGGGUAUGCAUAGGUCUUCGAUAUCAGAGGAGGAAAGGAAACGUCGUGCACAAGAGAUGUGGAAGGACGUCAAUAAGUGCCGGUAUUUAAGAGUGCCAUCAGACAAAAUCGACUUGUCUGGUAUAGUAACGUUGGCUUCAGAACAAAUGAGACUGCUAGGUGCAAUGCGACAAAACAUCGAGGAGAUGUAAUGAAUGGCUAUCAUGUGUUCUGGUGACAAAUAAAUUGACAAUGAUUUAAAGCCAUAUCAUGAAUAUUUAUUCUGAUUACUAUUCAAGACACCAUGAAGUAAUUACCCUAGUAAUUUAAUCUAUGUUGAACAUUGACAUGCUAUGUAUUUAUUAACGACAUUGGAACUCUUUAAACGACGAAAAAAUUCUUGUUUUGAGUUUUUGAUGACGUUUUGACUAUCUCUAAACUUUAGGGAUUAUGUGUUAAGCAUAUUUCAUUCAUCAAUUAACUAUUUAUCAAACUAAAAUUGUUAUGAUAUAAUAGACAUUUGACAAAGAUA